GCAGCUCAUAAUGACGUAUUAAAAGGGUGCCUGCUGCAGACAUUUAAGACACAGCGUCGUUUCAAAGACAACAACAACAAUAACGACACCAGUCAGAAGUUAACAACCCGACCGAGCCCCGCGGAGUUGUAUUUAAUUUAUUUAUAAAUGGUGUUGGGCUCCCGUUGACAAGGCGUGGACGACAACAACAGUAAGUUGUGUUGUUUGUGACGCAGCGGUGUUGCGGAGACAGAAUGAACAAUCUUUGGUGUGCCUCCACAAUACGGCCGAUUCAAUUUCCAUUACAACUCAGACCUGUGACAGAAAUCCUCUGCCUGCUGCUAUAUUAUUACUGUUAGCCACAGGUUUUCAGCACGGUCCAUGCUUUUUGUGUGCAGCACAGCUACUAAACAGAAUCCCGUGUGCUGCCAUGGACAGUGUGGAGAUGGAAUCUGUCCAGAUUAAAGAGGAGUUCCCUGAACUUGAACUUGUCCCCAUUAGAGUGGAGUUCUCUAGGCUGGCUUCCCUCCCCAUUAAACAGGAGCUCUGUGAGAAGCAAUGUGACAGCAGUCAGUCAGAGGUCUCUGAGAUUAAAGCUGAGCACAAUGAAUUGGAGAUCCCCCAGACAGAAGAACCCCUUCCUGUUAAACAAGAAGAGGUGCUGGAAACUGUCCGUAUUAAGCAGGAGCCCCCUGAAGUAGAGUUUGAGCACAUGGAACCAGGGAAGGAAGAAUCUGAGGACUUCAAACCAAACAUCCCUGAGCUGGCGCCUGUACGCCUGCGGGAGUGUAGCGUGGUGCUGGAGAGAAUCUGCGUGAGAGAGCAAGGCGCUGGAGAGGAAGGCUCUCCCAACAGCAUGCAAGGAGGUGGAAAGGAAGACGGGCGCUCCCAUUCAGAAUGCAGUCUAGCAGGUUCCAGUCCAGCAGCUAAAGCGAGGGCGGGCACUGGAGAAUAUCCUGACAGUGGGAAAGGUUUAACCCAGCUAGGGCAUUUAAAAAUACACCAACAAACUCACACAGGAAAGAAACAGUAUUGCUGCUCUGACUGUGGGAAGAGUUUCAGUUAUUCAGGACACCUGAAAACACACCAGCGAAUUCAUACAGGAGAGAAACCGUAUCACUGCACUGACUGUGGGAAGAGUUUCAAUGUGUUGCAAAACCUGAAAACACACCAGCGAAUUCACACUGGAGAGAAACUGUGUAUCUGCACUGACUGUGGGAAGAGUUUCAAUGUCUUACAAAAUCUGAGAAGACACCAGCGAAUUCACACAGGAGAGAAACCGUAUCACUGCUCUGAUUGUGGGAAGAGUUUCAGUGUGUUACAAAACCUGAAAACACACCAGCGAAUUCAUGCAGGAGAUAAACCGUGUCACUGUUCUGACUGUGGGAUAAGUUUCAGUCAGUCAGCACACCUGAAAACACACCAGAGAAUUCACACAGGAGAGAAACCGUAUCUCUGCACUGACUGUGGGAAGAGUUUCAGUGUGUUACAAAACCUGAAAAGACACCAGCGAAUUCACACAGGACAUAAACCGUGUCACUGUUCUGACUGUGGGAAGUGUUUCAGUCAGUCAUCACACCUAAAAACACACCAGAGAAUUCACGCAGGAGAGAAACCGUAUCUGCUUUGACUGUGGGAAGAGUUUCAGUCACACACAAUCCCUGAAAGCACACCAGCACAUUCACACAGGAGAGAAACCCUAAGGACAAUGUUCAUUCAGAAAAAACAAUAACUUUGCAUUAUGAAUCCCUGUGUGAUUACUGUGUUGUGUAUCGCUUUUAAGAACAUACAUUUUAACCACCCAGCUGCCCAUUUAUUUUGGCAAUUCCCCCAAUGGCAGCAUUAUAUAAGUAUAAAUAUAUUCUCACAAGAGUGACAAAUUUGGACUUGCAUGCGCUCCACAUGGAAAUCGCGGCAUAAGCAGCUAGGUGGUUAAAUGGUAAAAAUGCUCUUCCACUCUCUUGCACUCUGAUUGUGUCAGAAAGUGGGCGGAGACGCGGACACGUCACAAGAGGCUUCUCUGCUGUCAGUUUAACUCAGGCUGUCAAUGCAGUCAGUGCCUGGGAGCGGGAAUAUGCAGAAAGGAAACUAUUCUGCACCUCAUCUGAUGGACGAGUCAGGAGAAAUUGAUAACUCAGUGUGGGGAAUGAGUUUCAGGGUUUAGCAUUUAAACUGCAUAGACUUGAAAAUAAAUAAAUUGAUGGAACGAGUAUCCCGACCCCGGUAUGUAGCAUCCCAGAGACAAGACUGCACCGUCCUUACUGGACAACCGCCUGGAGGGUUUGUCUUGUAAAUUCAUCAUGAUUCUAAAACUAAUAAAUGAUUAUGGCCUAUAAUGCACCUGGAUUCUGUGGGAGACAUUUGUAGUUGUAAUUUAAUGUACCGUACCAUGACAUUUCAAUUAUUAACCCUAUGAGACUUGAGAUGCUGUGAUGUUAAUGAAGUUUGUCUUUCCCUUUCCUCCCCCCAAAACAGCCUAAAACUACUUCAAAGGACUAGAUAUCAGUAACCUGCCAGUCUUGCCUAAACAAACAAAGCUGAUUCUUCUCUUUUAAUUAAGAAUGUCUGUCUGAAAGAAGAAGGGGAGUUGGUGACCUGUGUAGCUGCGUAGAGUAGGUUCCGUUAGCAUUACAGAUUCAAGAUUGACUCAAAACCUCAACAUAAUUAAAGAAAUUUAAAAAAAAGUAAAACGAAGAGCUAGAGACUGCGUUUUGGCUCGGUGGGAACCUGCCUGCAAGUCUAAAACAGCGUUUCAUUCGGUUUGUACCCUCUGCUACUUGGAUACCAAGACCAAAAUCGCACAGUGAGUGCUGAAGCUGCGCGGGAAUCGGAUCCACGCGCUGUGACUGCUGAAGCUGCGCGGGAAUCGGAUCCACGCGCUGUGACUGCUGAAGCUACACGGGAAUCGGAUCCACACGCUGUGACUGCUGAAGCUGCGCGGGAAUUGGAUCCACGUGCUGUGACUGCUGAAGCUGCGUGGGAAUCGGAUCCACGCGCUGUGACUGCUGAAGCUGCGCGGGAAUCGGA